AUGCCGGGUAGCGAGAGUACGACCGGUGGUGUGUUUCUGGUCUCAGUCGUCGGUCAGAUCGAGAAAGCUCACUUUCCGAACUAUGACAACAUGUAUUGCAAGUACACUUUCGUCUAUGGACCCGAUUGGGAAAUCGUCACCGGCAUCGAAGAAGGCAUAUCGCAAAUUGCUCAAAAGAGCCAAGACGAAAGACAACAGGUUGUAUGGAAUUUCCCGUUAGAUGUUUCUUUCAAGAGUACCAAUCCUCAUGGGUGGCCACAAUUAAUCAUUAGUGUUUAUGGAUUGGACACUUUUGGAAACGAUGUUGUGAGAGGCUAUGGAGUAUGUCACCUCCCAGUGGUUAAUGGACAAUCUUCUGAAGAGAUGAUCAUGUUUGUACCGGAAUCAAGUUCGACAUUACAAAAACUGACAUCAUGGUUGACUGGUAAAAGACCUGAAUACGUAGACGCACGGUUAUUAGCCAGAGGCGAUGGCAGAGAAGUGACUAGAGUCAGAAGUCAAGGAUGUGUUUGCAUAAAAUUUAAUGUUGUGUUCAAAGACUUUCAUCAGUACGGCUUUGAAAACGAUAAUAACAGUUAA